AUGAAAAAAGGAGUAAAUAAAAAAUGUUUAACAAAUAACACAUCUACAGAAGUCUUAGAUCUUUACAAUAAACAAAUUAUACCAAACGAGAACUCUCCAACUCAACGAACCAAUAUUAAGACUGAAGGUUGUUUAAAGAAAGGUAUUCUCAAACAAAAAAGAAAACCUUUAAAAAGACAAGCCAAAAACUUGCAGAGGUCUUUAAGCACAACGUCUGAAAGCUGUGAAAUGAGCUCACACAGUGAUUCUGAUUUACAGGGCAUAUUAAGCGAUAAUUCUAAAUUUGUCAUGUCUGAUUGGUCGGACAUAGAUGAUGAAAACCAGAGAAGAAACACUGAUCUAGAUUUAUUAAAGACAUCAGACAUUGACAUAAUAAAAGCAUUACAGAUUGAUGAUAUAAUGGAAUUGACAGACACUGAAAACGGCCAAAAAAAGAAGCAUUCAACGAGAAAUGAUAGAACACAAAGAAGCAUAAAUAACGAUCUGAAGAUGAAUGAUAAUCCACAAAAAGAAAAAAAUUAA